CUCCUGCUGGCAGCGGCGUUUGUCUCCGAUGCGCAGUACAACAGGAAUAUUCCUUUUAAGACGUCCCCGGAGGCGGUCAGGCUUUAUCAUCUCUAUAACCAUUGGAUGAUGAGAACAACCACCUACUUUUUCAUCUUUCUCAACCUGUCCCUUGCCAUAUUUGAAGAGCCUGCUGUGUAUCCACUCCCUUUCCUGGCCACGUCUGUGGUGGAGGUGUUGUGCCUUAUGGUGUUCUUUGGUCGACUGACACAUUUUGCCAAAGUCACCUUGUACAACGUGUUCUGGAAGGACACCAAGAACAUCUGCAUCAUGGUGGCAAUUCUAUUAUCCCUAACAGACUUGGCCAUAUAUGGGAUCCUCAGGCUGUACAAUGUGAGGAGCAUCCGGUGGUCCAGAAUUGUGAGGCCCAUUUUCCUGAUCAACUUUGCAGAGAGUCGCCAGAUUCGGAGAGCCUUCCGCAGCAUCCGCAACACGCUGCCAGAGAUCACCUACGUCUUCUUGCUCUUCAUGUUCAGCCUUCUCAUGUUCUCCCUCAUGGCCUUGAAGCUAUUUGGAGAGAGGAAUCUGCAGACAGCAGAAGGCUUGCCAUAUUUCAAAAACUACUUGGAAAUUGUGUUUGACCUCUAUGUGCUGGUGACGACAGCAAACAGCCCAGAUGUCAUGAUGCCAGCAUUUGACUUCAGCUCCUGGUAUGCCCUGUUCUUCAUUGCCUUCGUCAUUGUCAACACUUAUAUCUUCAUGUCUCUCUUCCUGGCUGUGGUGUACAACAACUACAAAAAGCACCUGAAGAACGAGAUCCGUAAGCUUGCCUACAUGAAGCGCCGCAAGAUGAUAGAGGCCUUCAACCUCCUGAAGGAACAGGAGGGAGAGCAGUUUGUAGUUAGAGAAGCCCAGUGGAAGCAGUUGGUCAAGCUGGUGGCUCCUGAGACCAGCAACUCCCACCGGGAGCUGCUGCUCCGCAUCUCGGAUGAUGAGCAGAAAGGGUUUGUAGACAAGAAGUCUUUUGUACAACUGGCAGAUCUCCUAAACAUCCAGGUGGUCACCCUGAAGAUCCGCAGCCAUCCGCUGGCGCAGUGGAUGCCUCGUGUGUACAAAUCCACAGCAAGUCGGCUCCUGCGCAGCAUGGUGAGGCACAGGGGUUUUGUUUGGACUUAUGAUGCAAUCAUCCUCAUAAAUGCCAUCUUCAUCGCUCUGGAUGAGGAAACCCCUUACAUUUCUUAUGCAGAGUGGGUGUUCCUUGCUCUGUAUAUCGUUGAGAUACUCUUGAAGGUGUACACCUACGAACCGAGGGCAUUCUUUGGCAAAACGCAGUUCUGGAACUGGUUUGAUACUCUCAUCAUUUUUGCUGCCUUGACUGCAACGAUACUCAAUGCCACCCUGAAGUCGACUACAAAGUACAACAGCCAACAGGUCCUGGACAUUGUCUUCAUCUUGCGAGUCCUUAGGCUGAUAAGGAUUGUUGACAGCAUUCAAAGGUUCCGUGUGAUCAUGAACACAUUGAUAAACAUCGUCCCAACGAUGCUGACAUUUGGUGGGCUGACUCUGGUUGUGUAUUGUGUAUUUGCUAUAAUUGGCAUGGAGUUAUUCCAUGGGAAAAUUCAGUUCUUCCCCGCCAACUCGAAUGCUCCUCAUGCCCUGGAAUGUGGGAACCCAGCUCUCAAGGAUUCUCUGUUUGCCCGUGGGAAGUACUGCAAGAACAACUUCAACAACUUUGCUUCUUCCUUUAUCGUCCUCAUGGAGCUCACCGUGGUCAAUCAGUGGCAUGUCUUUGCCAAUGGAUUUGCCAAUGUGACAGUUCAGCCUGCCAAGCUGUAUUUCAUUGCCUUCCACAUUGUGAUGGUGAUAAUCAUUGUCAAUAUCUUUGUGUCAUUCAUUUUGGAAGCUUUCUUUGUGGAGUACUCCCUGGAGAAGAGUGAAGUGGAAACAGCUAUUGAACAGAAAAUCCAGGAACUGGGAAUGGGAGUUCAAGAGGAUGAGCUCCAGGAUGAACAGCUCCUGGAUAACAUGGAGAGUGCCGAGCAUGACCUUGACGGGGAAGGUGGAAGGAAGCCACAGUCAAAAGGGCUGGUGUUUAAAAUUGCCUCCAAACGAUACAGGACAGUUGAUGCUCUGCUCCAGCGUAUGUUUGAGGCAGAAAUCCCCCUUGAGGAUGAAGGCCCUUCAUUUGAGGAGAUCCUAAACUUGUCCCCCACUGCUGCUGUACCCAGGAGUUCUGAGAGCACAGCAUAACAGGGGCCA